AUGGCUCAUGGUGGCCAGCGGUGGUCGUGGGUGGUGAAGGAGGAGUUUCUAGGGUGGUUUAGGAGGAGUUUUGAGAAAGAGGUCGGACUUACUGGUGAGACUGUGCCAUUGUCCGCUAUCGUUUAUCCUGUUGGAGAAGGGGUCAAUCUGUUGCUCAGUUCGGUUCACCCAUCAAGUUUGCAAGAUCUACCUCUGGCUCCUUCAGUCGUCGACCCUCCUGCCCCAGUUGUUGUUGUUGUUGUUAUUCCUGCUCCUCCACCUCCUCCUGUUGCGCCUUUUCAAAAGAUUGCUCAGACUGUUGAAGUUGAUGCGCCAACUGCUUCAGCUGGUCUGGUUGUGGUUCCUUUGUCCACUUUUGUUGCACCCUUGUUGAGUGCUGGUGUGGCGACCAUGAGCACUCUUGUGAUGCCGCCUCCUCCUUCUUCAGUUCCCCGGAUUCCUCCCUCGGUUGUGUUGGCAUCAGCGUCAACUUCCUCCUUUUUUCGCCCCAUGUUUCCCUAA